AUGGCUUUAGUAGCGCAGUUUGUUGUUUCACCCUUUAUGGAAAUUUAUCUCCAACAGUUUGCAACUUGUGUAAUGCAAAACUUUGGCGAAGACAUCGCUGCAACAGAAAUGGAAGUUGGUACCUUGGUUUUUAGCUAUUCCAAUGUCAGGUCAUCGUCGCACGUUACUCUGAUGAUUUCACCAGAGUGCGUCCAAGACUUAAAGGUGGGUGGCUUGGUUUUGCUGCAGGAGACGGACAAAAUUGUUUACUCCAGCCCUCCAAUCAAUGUCUUUUUGACAAGAAUUUCUCUUUCAGUAGUUAUCUUACCACCACCGCAGCAACAAAUCGCUUGGUUACCAAGACCUGGCCCAUCGGGAAAACCCAAGCAAACAUCUAUGAGUAUAUCAACAACAGCAAUGAAUAGAAAUCGACCAAUGAACCCAAGGCCCCAACAACCUCAACAAAAAUUCACUUUCGAAGAGCUCUAUAACAUCGAACAAUAUGACGAAAAUUCUUUUGAAGAAAACGCUGGUUACAACCAAGAAUUUUUCACAGAAGAACAAGAAUACCAAUAUGAAGAAGAGAAAGUUUUUCAAGAAGACCCAAGUGUAAACCCCGAAAUAUAA